GGCCGCGCCGCUCGCCGGUGCCGCAAGGCCUGCCGGGAAGGAAGGAAGGCAGGCAGGCCGCCGGCUGGAGGGAGCGGCGGCGGUUGGGAGCCGCACCGGUCGAGCCAGGGCUGCGCGCGCAGCUUUGUCAGAAAGAAAAACAAAAACAAAACUCGAUUUUCCUGAUGAUGACAGGCAGUCAUCCAGCCGGUGGAGCGAAAUGAAAUUUCUCGGGCAGAAAAACAGCCGGCCAAAGAAAUCCCAUUCCUUUUAACCUUGCAGGGCCGGGCGAUGGCCACCAUGUUGUACCCGCGGGAGGAGAAGCUGGAGAAGCUCAGCCAGGACGAGAUCGUGCUGGGCACCAAGGCCGUGGUGCAAGGCCUGGAGACGCUGCGCAGCGAGCACCACUCCCUCCUGGCCGCGCUGCUGGGCACCGUCAGCCGCCUGGAGCCGCCGCACGAGGCCAGCGCCGCCCAGGAGAAGGCCCUGCUGCUGAGGAAGUCCCUUGAGGCCAUCGAGCUGGGCCUCGGCGAGGCCCAGGUGAUCAUCGCCCUGUCCAGCCACCUGAGCGCCGUGGAGUCGGAGAAGCAGAAACUGCGGGCUCAGGUCCGGCGCCUGGUGCAGGAGAACCAGUGGCUGCGGGACGAGCUGGCCGCCACCCAGCAGAAGCUGCAGAGGAGCGAGCAGUCGGUGGCCCAGCUGGAGGAGGAGAAGAAACAUCUGGAGUUCAUGAACCAGAUCAAAAAGUUGGACGAGGACGUCUCCCCGUCGGAUGAGAAAAAUGGGGAGGCAGCAAAAGACACAUUGGAUGAUCUCUUUCCUAACGACGAUGACCAGGUUCAAGGGCAAACUCACCCCAGCGGCGAGUCGGCGGCCCAGCAGGGGGGCUACGAGAUCCCGGCCCGUCUCCGGACGUUACACAAUCUGGUGAUCCAGUACGCUUCCCAGGGGCGCUAUGAAGUGGCCGUCCCGCUCUGCAAGCAGGCUCUGGAGGACCUGGAGAAAACGUCCGGUCACGAUCACCCCGAUGUGGCGACCAUGCUGAAUAUCCUUGCCCUGGUGUACAGAGACCAAAAUAAAUACAAGGAAGCUGCCCACCUUCUGAAUGAUGCUUUGGCUAUCCGGGAAAAGACGCUGGGAAAAGACCACCCAGCUGUGGCUGCUACACUCAACAACCUGGCCGUCCUGUACGGGAAACGAGGGAAAUAUAAAGAGGCCGAACCUUUGUGUAAGAGAGCCCUGGAGAUUCGCGAGAAGGUGCUCGGAAAAUACCACCCGGACGUAGCAAAGCAGCUGAACAACCUGGCCCUCCUUUGCCAAAACCAGGGCAAGUAUGAGGAGGUCCAGUACUAUUACCAGCGGGCCCUCGAGAUCUACGAAUCUCGCCUGGGCCCCGACAAUCCAAACGUAGCCAAGACCAAGAACAACCUGGCCUCUUCUUACAUCAAGCAAGGGAAGUACAAAGAGGCUGAGGCUCUCUACAAGGAGAUCCUGACUCAGGCGCACGAAAGGGAGUUUGGAUCGGUCAACGGUGACAAUAAACCAAUUUGGAUGCAUGCCGAAGAACGAGAAGAAUGUAAGGAUAAGUAUCGAGAAAACAGCGCGCCGUACAGAGAAUAUGGCAGCUGGUACAAAGCCUGUAAGAUGGACAGCCUCACCGUCAACGCCACUUUGAAGAGUUUGGGGGCUCUGUAUAGGCGCCAGGGCAAGGUGGAAGCCGCCGAGACGCUGGAAGAAUGUGCCCACAAGUCGCGCAAGCAGGGCAUGGACGCCUUCAACCAGAGCAAAAUCGUGGAGCUCCUCAAGGACGGGAACCGGGCCGAACAGCAGCCGAGCCGGGACGGCACUCCCGGCGCCAGGAAGUGCGAGAACGAAACCGAAUCAGAAGAAGGAGUAGCCGAGUGGUCUGGGGUGGGCUCUGGAGCUCUGCGGCGUAGCGGCUCUUUCGGGAAACUGCGGGACGCCCUGCGACGGAGCAGCGAGAUGCUGGUCAAGAAGCUUCAAGGCAAUGGCCCACAGGAACCGAGGAAUCCAGGGAUUAAAAGGGCCAGUUCGCUCAACUUCCUGAACAAGAGCCUAGAAGAAGAGCCCAGCCAGGGCUCCGGCAGCCUCUGUGACAGCCGAGGCUUAAGCGCCAGCAACGUCGACCUGCCCCACCGAAGGUCCCUGAUGGCGUGACGUCCUCCACGGCUCAGGCUGGGUCGAGCGGCGGAAAUCCGGACCGCUUCGAGCUUCCGCCUGGACCCUCAUCCCUGGAGAAUUCCCGACCCUCGUUGACCUAGGGCUCCCGCCAUUUCGGUUCAGACACAGCGGUGGGCCCAAGUCUCUCUCUCUCCCCCCUUCACGGGUGUGCCCUGGGCGCCCCACAAGCACACCCACCAACCCAACAUCUCCCUCUCCCCCUCCCCAGCAUGUUGCCUCCACGGCCCUCCUCCUCGGCCCCGGCCACCGAGGGCCAACCCCUCCUCUAAUUCCAUAUUAACGCAGGAUGCCUCGAUUCGUGGCAAGGCACCACGGAUCGCGUCCUGUUGGGGGGGGGGGCGAGGGACACCCCCCCCCCGAAGCUGCAUGGUUUUUCAAGGUUUUGCGCUCGCGUGUUGCAAAAACGGGGCGCAACCCACCCACCUUAAUGUGUCCUUCUGCAAAGGCAGAAUAAUCUCGCUUAAGGAUCCUUUUCAUGGCUCGCUUCUCGCCUUCCGCAAUGAGUGGAUCCUUUCUGUUUGAGGAUCAAUUGUGCCCGGCCUCAGGGAGACCCCCACCCAGCCCAUCCUCCCUCUUCUCUCUAAAUCCCUUCCCUCUUCUCCUCCAUCGGCACUGGAUUUUUUUAUUUAUUUUGAGCGGGGACCGCCUGGAUUACCAUAUAUAUAGCUUCUGCAGCCCCUUCAUUCCAGGGCUCGCUUACUGACGGAAUACCCUGUGUCCGUGCAAAUAUUCCUCUCUCGUUCUUCCCUACUCCUCUCCUUUCUCCCUUCCACCUUUGGUUGCUUUUUUUUUUUUUCCCAACUGCCUGAGCUUUGGGGAGGAUUAUUAAUCCCACUCCCGCUGGCUCCCAUUUUAAGGAGAAGAUGUAUACUCUUUGCCGCCUUCCUUCCUUGCCCAAAUGCUCGGGAAUCCCGUCACGUCCGACGCCCGCUAAUGUCAGCCUGUUUACCGGACAGUCUUUCCAGCCAGGAUGCUGUGCACCCCCAAUAAACAGCCCCUUUCUCCUCUCUACCUGCGUCGCUUGGGCGUCCAUUCCGUAAAAAUAAUAAUAAAUAGUAGCUAAGAAUUUAAGCUAAAGGGGUAGAAAAUUGGGCUAAGCAGAAGAUCCGAUCCAUUUUCCGAUCGCUCUUCUCUCCAUAUUCUUGCCUCUUCACUGCAAGUGCUGCGUCCUUUUUUUUUUUCCUUCCUUCCUUCCGCUGCUUCUAGAGACGGAAGACUCUAAUCAGAGGCAGGGAGAAAGUCACUCAGCUUAAGACUCUCUCUCUCUCCCUCUCCCUUGUAGCCCGUAGAGGGGACAGUCCAGUUAAUUUUUCAGUUUAUUUUUUAUUUUUAUUUUUUUUCCCCCUCCUUCCUCUUCCCAGGACAGCGGGCAGGGCCCCGGUAACUUAUAUCACAUACAUCUUGCGCGCGUGUUUGUGUGUUUGCGGGCAGGGGGUGGGGGUGGGGUUUGUGUGUGGAGAAAAGGUUUAAUGGUUGCGUCCAGGUGAAAUGAGAGGAAAAGAAUUGUGCUUUGUAUUAUGUUGCUGUAGAAAUAAAAUGAGAGGAAUAUA